UUCAAAACAUACCAUAGCCGUGAGUGAUCGAAAUGUCCCAAAACCCACAAACCGUGAUGUGGAAUUUCCUUGACAAAAUUUAUAACACUCUCACGAUAUGGAUGCUCAAGUUACGAGCCAUUCGCGUUUACCACGUUCCUGCAUGGGCAAAGAGCACGCCGAUUGAGCUCUCCGUUGAGCAGCUUGGGCGCAUCGCCGGCCUCCCCUUCCAAGGCGAAGACGUCUCCCACUAUGGCGGAGAGGACUGGGUGCUCAACAACGAGGGAAAUAUCCUCAACGAGCUUGGCAUCACCGAGCUCAUCCACCAUGCCUCGGGCCGCCCCACCAUCCACUCUGCAAACCUCGAAGGCCGUCUCCUACUCUACAUCGUGUCCCGAAUUAUCAAGCCCCGGAAGCAUGGGCACACGAUCAUGUCUGGUGAGGACCUCAAACUCAUCCAUGCGAUCAUGCACACGGCCCCGAUCAAUUGGGUAAAAUUUGUCAUGAUCAACAUGUCGGUCGCCGCGUCCACCGACCAAGAUCACCUCCUCCCGUACCCGUUUGUGGUGAUAGACAUCCUUGAACGGUUCAAGGUAACCACCACUGUUGGCCCGCUCACAAAGGCCACGAAGCUUUGGACAAUCAGCACCCAAACCUUCACCAAGCGGUCGGACAACGCCGCGCCUGCCACUGCCGCGCCAUGCCGCACAGCCACUGCCGUUGGACCAGCCGAACCCCAGGCCCGGGCCAACCUUGCCUCCAUUGCCGACUCCCUCAACCAGCUCCACUUCAAAGUUGACGGGAUGGAUGGCUACCUUGAACGGCUAGACGAGGCUGUCCAACGUCAAGGAUAUGCUAUGAACGCGUACUUCCAAUGCGUUAACUACGUCCCCCCACCGUACCACGGCACGUUCUUUGGGCAAGUGUACGGUAAAAAGGACGAAGACGAUGACUCCUAUGCCCCGUCAAGCUCCCUGGAUGAAGACGAGUUUGACGAUGCCAUCGAUGGGAAUGAGAUGGACGUCGACGACGACGACGAGGAAACCGAAGACGAAGCCUAGGACUCCCAUAGAUUUUCUAUCUCCUUUCUUUCAAUUAUCAUGUUUUUUAUUGCUUCCGUUGUACUCCGCUAUUUCCCUUUAAUAAAUAAAAUUAUCCUUUUAUCUUUUUGUUAAUGUCAAAAGGGGGAAGAAAAGGCUAUGCAUAUA